AUGUUGCAGCCUCUUCCACCCACAAAGGCUGAAGUAGAACGCAAACUGUCCUUCAAGUUACCACCUGGACCACGACCGGUUCCAGUACGCCGGCCAACAAAGUCUCAACAUUCGGGCAACGAGUCGGACUCGUCCAUCGCGUCAUCGUCGCUGCCCCCGCUCAACACGUCUCUCCCCACCUUUGCCACCCACUUGGCCACGUCGCCCGCUGCGUCGCCGGCCACUCCGCAUGCGCCAUCACACGGCCCGCUGAGUGCUAUUGCAGAACGCCAGGGCUCGAGCCUCGACAUGAACGACAGACUGCCCCCGCCCCCACUGGAGCCCGAGGGAGUGGAAGGAGACGACGGAGAGGCGUCAGAAGAGGACGGCGCUGGCAACGCGCAGCUCGAGAGGGGCGUGGACGGCGAGCGCGUGUUCAGGAGUGGAUUCCUCUUUAAGAAGCAGGAGAGGAGAAAGCAAUGGAAGAAGAAGUGGUUUGUCCUGCGGUCCACCAAGCUGGCAUACUACAAGGAUAACAGGGAAUACUCUCUCUCUCGCGCCAUCGAUCUCCGCCAGAUCCACUCAGUCGUGCCCGUGACGUCCGAGAAGCAAAAGCACCCUUUCGCCUUUGCGAUUGUCACGUCGGACAGGACCUUUUUCGCCGAGGCGCUCUCCGCUGAGGAGAGGGAGGAGUGGGUGCGCGCCAUUAACAAGCGCAUGUCUGAGCGUCAAGAAGACGAAACUCGUCGACGAGACAAGGGGGGCGAGACACACCAACAGCAUCAAUCGCACCAGCCGCAGCCGCAGCAGCCACACCAGCCGCACCAGCAGCCACCGCAAUCACGCGCCAUUGCAGUCCCAUCACCGUCUGGAGGUGACCAGCACCACCACCACCACAACGACGCCGAGAGCUACAACCUGGCGAGCACGUGGACGAGCACCUUUUCGACCACCACUGGCAUGUCCGUGUCGCCUGCGGCGUCGGCUUCGGGUAGUUUCUUCCACCGUGCCGGCGGUGUCGGCGGCGUUGGCUCCAGCGGCAGCGUCGGCGGUGCUCAAGCACCAGGCUCGUACCAGGCGCCCCCGUCCUCGUUCCAACCGCUCCAGCCACCACCACCGGUUGGGGGCCAGCAAGGGCCUCCGCAAAGCCCGUCCGCAGCCGUUUCAUCCCAGAUGGCCAAUGUGAAUCUCGGUCGCAGUCCAUCGUCGGCCACCUCGCCUAGCACCACCGGCGGCGGGGGCGGGGGCGGCGGCGCAGCACCGCCCAGUGCCGCGCAAGUGAACCGCCGCCUGUCCAACCCCAUCCCGGUCCCUGGUCUGCAAGCAGCUCUUGCACGAGGUUCGUCGCAACAACGCCGAGACCCGUCCACUGGGUCGAUGGACCAGCGCACGGGCGGUGCCUCGCUCAGCCCACCAAAGGGCGGCUUGGGUCAGCCGCCCCAGUUUGUCAGUUCCGACGAGGACGAACCCUACUUUUCGGACCCGCACCAGGCAUGGCCCACCGCCGAGCAGAUGCAGGAACACCGUCAGUGCCAGGCCACCCCUGCCGUAUCUGAUCCCAACAAGAUUAUCCUGGCCAUGUACCUCAUGAAGAAGAGCAGGAAAACGGCAAGGGAGGUGUGGCGGAAACGCUGGUUCUUCCUCACGUCCGGAGGUGUCACAUACACCAAGAGCCACAUGGACUCUCGCCCUUUGACGUUUAUCCCCAUGUCGUCUAUUCUGGACGUCUUUUCCGUGGACCCCGAAGACGACGAUGACGAGGACGCCUCGUCGGGCGACGACAACAAGUAUCACGCCCCACCCGCCCGCCACACGUCGCUGCGCAGCAAGCUCGACGGCGCCUCGUCGUCGAUGCAGAUGCACCGCUCGCACCCGCACGGCGCCAACGACAACCACGUCGUGCGCAUCGUGACCAACAAGCGGCGGUACGACCUGUGCGCGCCCAGCGAGGAAGAGGAGAUCAAGUGGAUCGCGGCCAUUCGCGCACUCAUCAACCGCGAGCGCGAGCGGCUCGCCCAGAUGGGCGGCGCUGGCGGCGGUUCCGGUGUCGGCGCGCCGCCCCUGUCGCCGCGCGCCGAGUCCAAGUCGCCCAUGCCUCCAGUCCCGACUCUGACGCAGCAACCGCCCACGCCCGCCGUCCUCCCUUCCAAGGGGAGCAGUCCCGGCGCCACGCCCACGUCGCCAUUGGCCGCCGCCGGCAGCGGAAACGAUUACUUUGAGCACGGCAGUGCGUCGGGCCAGCCCCAGGCGGUGCACGGUCGCGGGCGGAGCGCGACGCAGACGGCCAAGAUUGCCGUCGCGGACGUCGUGCGCAAGUUCCACGGCGACGGCGUGUAG